AUGGAAGAUUCAAAAAUUCAUGAAAAUAAUAAUAAUGACAAUGUAAACAUACAACAAACCACACCAACACCAACACCAGAUACCAAUGUUGAACAACAACAACAACAACAACAACCAAAUGAAGGUUCAACAAAAAAUGAAAAAGAAACAAAUAUAGAACAACCUAUAACGACAACUAUACAAACACCACAACCACUACCACCAACCAUAGCAACAGAUUUAAAACCACCAGUUUUAGUUGUAGAUAGAAAAUGUCUUAGUCAUUCCGAUCGAAUGUGUGAUGCCUAUUGUAAGGAUUGUUAUUUAGUGAUCUGUGAGCAAUGUACCAAGGAAUCACACAAGCAACACCAAACCAUAGACAAGCUCAAUGUCGAGGAAUUGUGCGCAUUGCUACCAACAGUCUCUAAUUUCACUGAAAAUACCACAGUACUCAAGGACGAACGUCAACAUCUCUCCAAGAUGCUACAGCAACUCGAAGACAAUUUUAAAUCUUGUCGUUCCUCUAUUGUCGAGCAAUUCAAAGACUUGCAAUUCCUCAUCAAGCAACGCGAGAUGAAGUUGGAGAAAGAGAUUCAGACUGAAUACGAGCAAUCCAAGGCUGAACUAAUCAAGCGUAUGAGCCAGUUGGACCGUGAGUUGACUCAGGCUGACCCACUUUUGGAACCAUCAAAAUCCUACCAGACCGCCAAUCCACAGGAACUCUUUGAUAACAAGCGAUUCGAAUUCCUCGAUAACUACUCCCAUAUCAAACAGAUUCCACGUAUCGAACACGAUCCACCCGUCGAUCUAACCAUUCAAUUUGAUUUAAAGGUUGACAUUGACAAGAGAAGUAUGAUCACUAAGGAAGUGCAAUCACUUGGAUUGAUUACUUCCACCAAAAAGUCUACCGUUCCACCAGCAAGUACCAGCACAACACCAAGUGCGUCAUCACCAACUGUUGCCGCUCCAUCUACCUCUGCUCCACCAGCUGCCAAGACUCUGCGUGACAACCGUCUCAACAUUACCAACCACUUUUCGGCCAACGAAGGAUUCAAGUAUUUCUAUUCUAUUGGUGGAUGGAACGAGAAUGGAUCUGAUCUUUCGUCGAUCUACAAGUAUGAUGUCGAUAAGAACGAAUGGCGUUUCAUCUCAUCGAAGGGACUGUCUACCACUGAUGGUGUUCCUUUCGUAUCGUCCUCGUGUAUCACCGAUGGCAAGUACAUCUAUGUGUUUGGUGGUAACUAUACAAUCACAACCUAUCGUAGAUUCAAUCUUGCCAAACAGCAAUGGGACAAAUCGUUGGAGAAACUCAAUCGUGGAGGUGGUGGUAUCGCAGCCCAAUACGACGGUAAGAAGUAUGUCUAUCUCUUUGGAGGUAAAGUUCUCGAGGAAACCAAACAAUACCACCAAAUCGUUCAUCGUAUCGAGAGAAUGAACACCUCGACCAAACAGAUCGAACACCUCAACAAUCUCACUCGUCACAAGUACACCAUCUACCCAUGCUUUGAUCCGUUGAAUGGAUACAUCUAUUUGGUUGGUGGACAAGUCGUCAACGGACGUGCAUGCAAGGAAAUAGAAGUCUACGAUACAGUUGAGAAUGUCUGUACUGUUUAUUCUUCACUCGGCGCUGGUGGAUUGGUUCAAGGUGCAAUCAUCGAUGGCCGUUAUGAAUCAAUCUACUAUAUCACUUCUACCCAUUUUAAGCGAUUCACACUUGCCACCAAGAAGUUUGAAACUCUUGAAUUCCCACCUUUGACAAACACCACCUGUAGACCAACACUAAUCUACGAUUCAAAGACUCGUAUCUAUCUCUUUGAUCAAAACGACAACUAUGCCUACGAUAUUCCAACUGGUAAAUGGAGCAAGUUUACCUACACUAGAAAGGUUGCACUAUGUGGACAAGGUAUGGUUGGAUCAAUGAUAUAA